CCAUUGUUCAAUAAAAUGGGGAACUGGCACAAGUCUGAAAUGGGCAUUGUGAUGGCAGGACCAUUUACAGUAAGCAAGGUCAUGCCGGCCACUUACCCGCAUCGGCGCGGCCGAGUUGCUAAGUGCAUUGCUCUCUUGGCCUUGGCCAUUGUAGUGCUAGCCGCACUGGUAGUUCUCAUCAUCUGGCUAGUACUAGAGCCCUCCAAGCCGUCAUUCACCCUGGAGAAUGUACAUGUAUCAAACUUGAGCUUGUCCAAUCGGAGGAUCAAUGCCACAUUUGUUCUUGGCCUAGAGAUCAAGAACUACAACAAGAGAAUCUCUGUUGUCUACGACUCGAUCGAUAUAUCCGUAUGGUAUGAUUAUCAGACAAUCGCUUUGGGUAGCAUCUCUGGUUACAUCCAGCCUCGCCAUAACACCACAAAGCUGCAAGCAGUCGCCGUCGCCGAUUCUAUGCCGGUGAAAGCUCAGGCAUGGAAUGACUUGAGGCAGCAGAGGAGCAAGCAUCACGAAUUCAAUGAUGUAGAAGUGAGGCUGAUGUCUGAGAUUCAUUUUAAGAUUAGAAGGUGGAAAUCAAGGAGGUACUAUCUGAAAGCGUCAUGUUGGAUCAAUGCACUGCCACUGGGUCCGUCAGAGAGCAUUGAUACCACUGACUGUGAUGUCCACAUUUGAGUUAAUGUAUCAAUUCUUAGGAUAAUGAGAAGAGUGCUGUUGCUGAAUUUAGAGGUCUCAAUUUGGGCAGUAGAUUCAACUGUCACAUGUAUCACACGGCUUACUUUCAUGCCAGUUCCCCAUGUAUCGUUAUUUACAAAAGAAAAAAUGGUAGAAAAUUUGUGCUAUUGUCCCAUC